AUGGAUGAUCCAUUUGAACAAGUUCUUAAUGAUACUCACGAGCAGACCAAUCGAUUGCUUCAAUAUUUGGACGGAGACCACCAGGUUGACUCCGAAAUAAGGGACAUUUUCGUUGACCUGGAAGAAACGGUGCAAGAGCUGGAUUCCAGCAUCCUUGUUAUGAAAAGAGAUGGUUAUGUGGACGAUAGUAUAAUAAUGCGGCGAGAAGAAGCCAUGCAGGGCUUGAAACGGGACGUUGCCCGCUUGAAACUGCAAAUUCCAGCAGAUCGCGUGUCAACCAAUGCAGGGUCAUCCCCAUUAGAUGCAGAAGCUUCUGACGUACCGUCUGACGAUCAAGAGAACAAUCCCAUGCAGCAGCAGAUGCUGCAGGACCAAGACCAGCAUUUGGACACUAUCCAGCAGAGCAUGCGGAAUCUGCAUUUACAGGCCUCUACGAUGGGCCAAGAACUCGAGGAUCAAGGUGUGAUGCUGGACGAGAUGGAUGGGAACAUGGACAAUGUGAUGAGCAAACUCUCACGAGGUAGAAGACAGCUGGAGUGGGUCUAUGAGAAGAACAAGGAGAAAUAUAACGAUUGUUGCAUAGGGUUGUUGAUCGUUGCAUUAAUCGUGUUGCUGGUACUGGCGUUUGUGCUGUGA